UCCGCCUCAUCCUCCAGUUCCGGUUCAGACUAACAUGGCGGCGGUGAGCUGACAGUCAACAGCUCCUCAGUUCAAACUAACUAUUUGCAUUUACCGUUUGCGCGUACCGUUUGCUCACUAAGUAAAUCAGAUCGGAUGUGUUUUCUGGUGUUUUUCAGACUGUUAAAACCUGCUGUUUGUCCGUCACUGUGCUGACGGCCGCUCAUCAGAAACCAACAAACCCAGUUUUUUCACUAUGAUCAGUCUCAGUUGAACCAGUUCUGGUACUACAUGGUGAUGGAUCCAGUUUGACCUGACCCUAGUAGACCAUCGGAGUUAUGGAGAAGUUCGGGAUGAGUUUUGGAGGUGGUCCCAGCAGGAAGGAUUUGUUGGACACCAUCGAGUCCCAGAAAAAGCAGCUGGCCCAGUACCAGACUCGCUUCAAGGAUGUGGUCCGGGCCUAUAAAAGUCUUCUGAAGGAGAAAGAGGCUCUGGAGACCAGUCUGAAGGUCCUGACUGUGAACCAGGAUGUGGACCUGAACCAGCAGAGCCAGGACAGGACCACCACUGCCUCGGAACUCCCUGAGGAUGGCUGCUCGCUGCACAGUGAGGACAGUGUAGACACUGCAGCGUCUGUGGACACGCCCUGCGAGACCGCCAGAGGGGACCAAAGUGAGGAGGACCAUGGAGAACCCAGAGGAAACUCCAGCUCAGUGGGGCUAAGGUCUGACCCAGAUGUUAUUGGCUCAGAGAACAGCAGUGCAGGAGUAGAGCAGCAGCAUCAGGCAACAGCCCUUUCCAGUCUGGAGGCAGAUCGCCGAAUUGCCCAGCUGAAAAGCCAACUGAGCACGCUCACCAGCGCCCUGGCCACAGUUACGCAGGAGAAGUCUCGAAUGGAGGCGAGUUUCCAGGCUGACAAGCGUCAGCUGAAGCAGGAGAUGGAGGAGCUGCAGGAGCGCCUGGCCACCCUCAGGGCGCAGCAGGAGGCGGAGCUGCAGGCCCUGCAACAGCAGUUGACUGAGAGCCGUGCUCGCAUCAUCACACAGCAGCAUGAGAGGGAGCAGGAGCAGGGAGACCACGCCCAGCAGCUGCGAGAGCUGCAGAAGAUCCUGCAGCAGGAGAGAGACCUGCGACAGGACGCAGAGCUCCGCCUACAGGACACCAACACCACACUACUGUUGACAUCACAGGCUGCGGACCGGGGGGCGGAGUUCGAGGCUCAUCUCAACAAGGUGAGAGGGGAAAGAGAUGAGCUGAGGAGGAGGCUGCAAGCUGCCGAGGAGGACCAGAAGAAACCAGAUCCCAGAGUAGAUGAACUGCAACAACAGCUGUUGGAGCUGAAAAACCACUUCCAGCAGCAGAUCCACAUCGAGACCAGGAAGGCUUGCGAUGCAGAGGAGCGCGCUCGUGAGCGUGCUCAGGCUGCAGAGGUGAGAGUCGCAGGUCUGGAGCAGAGAGUCUCUGAACUGUCAGAGGUGCUCGGUUCCUGCGAGAAGACGAGGCAGAGAGACCAGCAGACCACUCAGAGACUCAGAGACCGGAUCCUGCAGCUUGACAUGGAGAACAAAACACUGGCCAUCGCGGCCUCCAGCAGGAUGGCGUCUGACCUCAGCGUGGACGAGUCACAGUUGGAUGUCCGUGUGCUGAAGGAGAAGCUGGAGAAGGUGAAGAAGCUGCUGCUGCUGGCGGCUCAGAAGAAUCCAGACCAGAACAUUCAGAACCUUCUAGAGACCGAGGCAGAGGUGGCCGUGGACCAGCGCUCCGUGCUGUUUUACCAGCAGGAGCUGCGACAAGUUAAAGACGAAUUUGAGCGCUACAAGCUGCGAGCGCAGGUGGUCCUGAAGAACAAGAACGCCAAGGAUGGCUGCCAGGCAAAGGAGCUGGAGGAGGUCCGUGACCAGCUGUCGGAGCUGAAGGAGAAGUACAUUAACCUGCGGAUCCAGAGCGAUGAGGCUGAGGUCCAGCACCGCCACGAGCUGGAAGAGCGGCAGCAGCAGGUGAUGGCGCUGCAACAGAGUCACAGACAAGAAGUAGAGCGAAUGGAGGCGCUGCAUCGUGACAGUUUGUUGCAACUGGAGGCGGAGCUGCACAAACAGAGAGAGAGGACCAUGGCGCUGCUGGACGAGAAAGAUCAGGAGCUGGAGAGGCUGCGGGCUGCUGCACUCAGCUGUAGCAACGACACCGACAAGAUAGCUGACGAGGAGCUCAAGGUUUCUGAGAGCGAAGAUGACAUCAUCAGCCAGGCUCUGCGGCGGGCAACACCCAACGAGCCCACGCUGCUGCUGUACGCCGAGCAGCUGGCCCGGAAGGAGGUGGAGGUGGGGGCACUGCGGCGGCAGAAACACCGACUGGAGGAUGACCUCCAUCAACUGCAGGCGAAGAUCAUUGCUAAUGGAGAGCGGCACGACGAAGAAGUGGCCCAGCUACGAGGACAACUCGACAAACUGAUCAGGGAUCAGAGCAGGGAGGGCGCCAACCUGGAGUACCUGAAGAACGUCAUCUACAAGUUUCUGACACUGCAGGAUGCCAGUGGCAGACAGCAGACACUCACCGCCAUCCUGACCAUCCUGCACUUCAGCCCACAGGAGAAGCAAAGCGUCAUGGGGCUGCAAGGCGCGACCUGGUGGACAGCCAGCAAGAGGAAAUAAAACACCUGAAGGAAGAAACUAACACCUGUCCUGUGUCCAGGUCUUUAUGUAACAUAUUAGACGAAGGGCACUGCUGUAAUCUUAGUGUCCUGAUGAUCAUCUGUGCGACGGAGAAAUGAACUGAAGUUUGGUUUCAGUGUCGCUGAACUGAACUGCGUGUCUAAGAAUACAUAAAUAUUUGACUAUCACUGUGAGUUAACUUUCCAAAAUCAACCUUAAUGCAGUUCUUUAUUGUCACUGAUAUGUAUAUUUUUGAUUCCCUUGUUGAAAUUAAAGUAUUUUUCCUGCU